AUGUUUUCUAUGGAUCAACAAGAUCGAUCUAGCAGCGCUAGUGUUUUAACAACUUCUUCAAUGUCUGCUUCUCAGUUUGAUUUACCCAUAGCAGCCAAAUUCUCGAACAUAUUACCACGAAAUUUAUUAUAUGCAGAUUUCCCAAUAGAACAUUUAGACAUGGGGUCUACUUGGUAUCGAAGAUUUUUCAUUGAAAAAGAUCAUUCGACAUUUGUUGGAUUUGUUGACUCUUAUGGACCUGUAGUUAUUUCAAUAGUACUCGAUAAUAGAACUGUAAAUGCAAAUUGUGAAAGUGUAUACUGGUAUAGAUAUAUUCUACGUAAAAAGCAAUUACCUGAUGAAAGAGGAUUAUUGGCCGGUCCACCUAUUCUUCCUAUGGGUGAUUUACCAGCUGAAGAUUUAUUAAAAAUGAUUGUAAAAACUCCUGGAAGACCAUUAUUAAAGAAAUUUUUAACUACUCCUGAAUUAAAAAAUGAAUUAUUAAAUUUGGAUGAAACAAGACUUAUAAAAUGCUACAAGAUCGGUGUAUUAUAUUGUACAUCAAUGCAAAAAACUGAAGAAGAAUGGUUUUCCAAUACCACUACAUCUACCGCUUAUGAAAAUUUUUUAGAAAUUUUAGGCAAUAAAGUUAAAUUAAAAGGUUUUAAAGGAUUCACUGGUGGUUUAGAUACUACUGAUACCGAAGGUACUGGUGAAUAUUCUAUUUACGAUACUGGAACUUGGAAAGAUUUUACUAUUAUGUAUCAUGUGAGCACAUUACUUCCUUAUGAAAAAUCAAAUAAUCGUCAAAUUACAAGAAAAAGGCAUAUUGGAAACGAUAUCCGAAGGCCUUUUUCUCCACUUGCUAUACGUUCGCAAUUUUUGCAUGUCUACGUAGUUGUUAGUCCUGUUCAAAUUAGUGUUGGUUCUUCACGAGCAUAUCGCGUUGAGAUUGUAUGUAAAGAUGGUGUACCAUAUUUUGGUCCUCCAUUACCUGAUCCUCCGAUAUUUGACGAUCCGGUAUUAUUAAAAAAAUUUUUAGUGGCUACAGUAAUCAACGGUCAAAAUGCUGCUUGGAAAACUCCCAAAUUAUCCGAACCAUUUUUACGAGCUCGUGGUGCAAUUAUACAAGAUAUAGUUAUAAGACUUGUCCCUCAACCAAAUAAUCUUAUAACACCUCCAACUUCACCAAAAAAAAUUUCUCAAGAUGAUUUAGAUUCUUCAUUAAAACGUUUAUUUAAAGAUUCUUUAAAAUUUGGUGAUCGUCCUCCUGAUUUGGCUCAAAUAAAAUCUUUAUUAGAUCAAGGUGCAAAUCCAAAUAUUAGAUUAUUACAACCAAAAUCAUCAAAAGAACGUUUAAAUAAUUUAUAUAAUCAAAAUACUAUUCUUUCUCAAUCUUUGGAUUAUUCUUCUACUAAAUCAAAGACAUUACAAUCAAUUUAUUCUUAUAGUUCAAGUUCUUCUUUGGGUGAAAAUGAUUCAAAAUCUACUUUCUCUCAAUUAUAUAAUCACAAAUUACCAAAUAUUUUAUUUGCUACUAUAAUAUUAUGUGAUGAUCCGGUAUAUGUUAAAAUGUUAAUCGAUCAUGGUGCUGAAGCUUUACCAAGAGAUUCUCAUUUUCCAAACGCUUUCGUAUUUGCUGCAAAACAUGGACGUGUUGAAAUUAUGAAAUGUUUAUUAGAGAAUGUUCCAAAAUUAAGUAGUGAUAAUGAAAAUGUUGAUACUGAAGGUGAUGAUUCUCAAAAUGUUGCUGGAAGUAGUGGUGGAAUUGGUGCUAAAGAAAUUAAGAAUUAUGGAACAAAAAUAUGGAGUGGAUUUACUGGUGAAGUUAAAAAAUUAAAAAAUCAUAUUAAUAGAGCUAGUAAUUUGUACAAAUAA